AUGCAAUUCGUUACCACUGCUGUUGCUUCUCUGCUCUUCCUGGGCACCGCCGCUCUGCCGUACACUCCACACCCCACGUUCUGCGGCAUCCGUGGCUAUGACUAUCUGAAUAAGCCAUACGACGUCCAGCAGGAUUCGAGGAUCCGAACGUUGGAUGAAUGCAGAUUCCAAUGUCUGCUGACAUCGCGUUGCAUCAGUUAUGCAGUGGGUAAAGGAGCCUGUGUCCUCUAUGACUACGACACGUUGGAGACCUUUGUGCCGUACGAGGGAAGCAAGUACCUUUUCUACGACAGGUCUUGCGACCCAGAGUCAUAUCCCACUGAACCAUCAUACCCAUACCCUUCUUCUGAUCCGACUCACUACCCAUACCCCGUUCCUGAUCCCCACCCGACCCCAGACCCCAACCCAACUCCAGAUCCCUAUCCAACCCCCAGCCCCAAUCCAAACCCAAAUCCCCCCUCAGCACCAGGUACCUGUUCAUCCAACGGCCUCCCCUCUCUCUUCACCUGCGGCAGCGACCUCGAAGUAUACGGCCACAUACAAAUCCUCGACUCCAACACAGACGUGGAACUCGGCUACAUCAACCUCGACAUCUGGCCAUACAACAUUUUCCAAAAGAGUCCGCUGGACAGGGCCUUGGUCGUCAAAGCAACCUACACCGCACCAGACUGCAGCAACCCCAACGGUGUUGCUCUCGAGCUCAUGAAUGUAGAGGGCUCUAAUAUUCAACCUGGAUAUCUUGGGACGGCUGGUAGCUUUCAGCUCUCGGAUCUUCUGGGGUUAUACGGUUAUUCAUCUACGACAGUAGUCACCCUUGUCCCCCCCAACGUCCUCGGCCUAGACGGCCUCUCCGCAGACAACAAUUUCCCCAUCCAAGCCUCAGUCUGGACCCUCGACCUCACCUGUGGCUACCUCACCUCCACCCUCAUCAACCCAGACAAUUCCCCCCUCCCCGUCACACAAAUCCUUGACUACGCAGACUGCCAGAACGGCUGCUUGUACCAGACACGCAAUGAAGCGGCGUUUUUGGCGGAUCAUCCGCGUAGAGAGGAUGUCGUGGUUGUGAGGUUUCGGUUUGUGCCGUUUACGUGA